CCAAAAAAUGUUCAACAGCAUGAGAAGGUUCAGAAGGCCAGUACAGAAGGAGUCGCCAUCCAGGGUCAACAGGGGACCCGACUUCUUCCUGAACAGCUCAUUAAAGAAGCCUUUAUUCUCAGUGACCUAUUUGAUAUUGGAGAAUUGGCAGCUGUUGAGCUUCUCCUUGCUGGAGAGCACCAACAGCCACAUUUUCCUGGCCUCACCAGAGGAUUAGUAGCUGUUCUUUUAUACUGGGAUGGAAAGCGGUGCAUUGCAAAUUCCCUGAAAGCCCUGAUACAGUCUAGACGAGGAAAGACAUGGACCCUGGAACUCAGUCCUGAGCUGGUUUCCAUGACAACACGCUUUACAGAUGAGCUGAUGGAGCAAGGAUUGACUUAUAAAGUCCUUACUCUGGUGUCACAGAUUGAUGUGAAUAAUGAGUUUGAGAAACUACAGCGAGAGAGAGGUUUGGGCAGUGAAAAACAUCGCAAAGAGGUUUCUGAUCUCAUCAAGGAGUGCAGGCAGUCUUUGGCAGAAAGCCUUUUUGCCUGGGCUUGCCAGUCACCUUUAGGCAAAGAUGACACCCUCCUCCUUAUUGGACAUUUGGAAAGAGUGACAGUUGAAGCAAAUGGCUCUCUGGAUGCAGUGAAUCUGGCUCUUCUUAUGGCGCUUCUGUACUGCUUUGAUAUCAGUUUUAUAGAACAAAGCACAGAGGAACGAGAUG